GUGAAACCAAGGUCUCCGCUAAGCUUUGCAAUGCGCGGACUGACAACAGUAACACUCGCUCUCCUCGGCCUCGCUGCUGCCAUUCCCGAACCGCAGCGUCGCAAGUCCCUUUCAUUUGGUCCUGUUCUCCCUCAUGCCCACUUCGACAGUAGUGCUCACCAGCCUGUGCCCGCCGUACUCUUCUCUACUCAAGACAGAGUGCGGGUAGACCCGUACGAAGUAGCCAAGACAUUCCUUGACUCUAUCGUAGACCUCGACGACGGCGUGAGCUACGUAAUCCGCAGCGACAGCUACACGGAUCGUAUUACCGGAGUGACUCACGUCUAUGCACGUCAGAUCGUUCAAGGUGUACAGGUAGCCGACGGUAAUGUAAACUUGAACAUCAAGGACGGCGUUGUCUUGAGUUACGGCAAUUCGUUUUACCCCGGUCCGGCUCCAUCAUCACACACCCGUGGUGCACAUCCCCACGCAGAAUACUGCGCACAACUUGAUUCCGCUCGUUCCCCCUGGUCAAGCCAGAAACCCCUCGACGGUGCACACCCAGAGCUCGAGCACAUUCAUUCCUCCAACUGCGCAGCCCUCCCUAACAUCCACUCCAUCCCAACUCCCUCCUUCGAUGACCACGUCCCAAGUCCACAAGAUGCACCUCGUGCACUUCUCACUUUCCUUCUUGCAGCUGCACCGUCUCCCGCUCUCGCACAAGACAUCCAGACCCGUUUCGAUGAUCAUUUGGCAAGCAUGACCAUGGCUCACAUGUCCGGCUUCCUUCCUCACGAGGCCGAGCAACUCACCAUUACCGGUGCUCCCGGAACCAUCGGCGAGGUCAAGACCUCCGUCGUCUGGGUCCAGGUACCCUCUGAAGAUGGCACCGUGCAUCUCGAGCUCGUACAUCGCUUCGAAGUCGAGAUGGAGCACAACUGGUAUGAGACCACAGUCUCUGCAUCUCUUCCCCACCGUAUUGUGUCCGUCGUGGACUGGGCCAGUGACAGCCCUAUGCCUCUUUAUUCCCCUGGAUCUCACCCCGAGGAUGCUCAGCUCCCUCCCCUCUCCUCAUUCAUCCCUGCUGGCUCCAACGCCCCCUCCUGCUCCACCAAGAAGGUUGGUGGUCGCUUUAGAAAGGGUAAGGCUGUGGCAGAUCUCCGAAAGAGCAAGGCUGCCAAGGAGGGUGUCACGUGGUCCAGUGGCCCUGCAAUUCCUGACUUCCCGAAAGCAUAUUACAACAUCUUCCCAUGGGGCACCAACGAUCCUGUUGAGGCUGCGGAAAGGAAGGCGCUGAGUGAGGCAGAUGCACCCACAGAUUCUUUGCCUCCUUCUUACGGUCGCGUCCAAUACUCUGAGUUGGGUGAUAAGCUCGCAAGUCCAGCAGGGUGGCACGCCCUGCCGUGGGGUGUAGACCCCAGCAUUAGUGAGGAAGAGAAGGUUGCACUUCGUGCGAAAGGCGAGUUCUGGCGCACGACAAACACCACAUGGGGCAACAAUGUCUUUGCACACGAGAACUGGGAGGGGCGGAACGCGUGGAUAUAUAACCGUCGUCCAGAGGGAAUCUCUGUGGGUGACGACGUGAGCACUUUAGCCGUCCACUACAACUAUCCAUACUCCCCGAGCCAGAAGGGCAACUCAGAGGAAAACUUGGUCGAUGCACAUGCUCACAUCGAUGCAACGGUGGCGCAACUUUUCUACACGAGCAACUUGUUCCACGACUUGACCUACCGGUACGGCUUCACUGAAGAGGCUGGGAACUUCCAGCAGUACAACUUUGGGCGCGGCGGUGAGGAAUCAGAUGCUGUGAUCACGAAUGCACAGGACGGUAGUGGGUUCAACAAUGCCAAUUUCAUGACACCUCCCGAUGGUCAAAAUGGCAAAUGCCGAAUGUACCUGUGGAACACCGCUAACCCCUAUCGUGAUGGCGACAUGGAAGCUGGUAUCGUUAUCCACGAGCUUACUCAUGGUCUCAGCACGCGCUUGACGGGUGGCCCCAAGAACAGUGGAUGUCUCGGCUGGGGUGAGGCUGGUGGUAUGGGAGAGGGCUGGGGUGACUUCCUCGCCACGACCAUUCGCAGUACUGCCACUUACGAGGACUACGCGAUGGGCGCAUGGGCUGCCAACCGUCCGGGAGGUAUCCGGAACUACCCGUACAGUCUUGACAAGUCAGUGAACCCUAGCACGUACAAGACGCUCGACAAGCCCGGGUACUGGGGCGUACACGCAAUCGGGGAGGUCUGGGCGCAGAUGUUGUGGGUCCUGGAGCAAAGGCUGAUCGCCAAGCACGGGUUCACAGAUAAUCUGUUCCCUCCCCCGCACGAUGCUAACUUCGCCGAUUACGCUGCUUUCUACCGCGCCGACAAGCCUUUCGUCCCCAAGCACGGUAACUCGCUAUUGGUACAGCUCGUGUUGAACGGGAUGAAGCUGCAGCCAUGUAGCCCAUCUUUCUUUGAUGCGCGUGAUGCGAUCGUGCAGGCUGAUCAAGUACUUACGGGUGGGGAGAACUUCUGUGAUAUUUGGGCUGGCUUUGUUGAGAGCGGGCUGGGUAUUGAUGCUACCGUUAAGGGGCGUACACCGUGGGGUGGAGGUGUUAGGGAGGAUGGUUACAAAGUUCCCGCUGCAUGCCAAAGCGAGGACGCACCCUCACCCUCACCUGAGCCAAUCCCUGAUGACCCAGAGGAUGACUGCGGUCCAUUUGGAUGCUGGUGGAAGCUGUGAGCGUGGGCGAGAAACUCUAACUGUUUCGCAUCAUGAUCGAUAUCCAUAUACACGAUUGGAGACGCACGGCUAGAUGAUAGUGAUAUCCAGGCUCUGGAUAGAAUAUAUAUCCGUAUCUUGCUCCCAUGUAAUCAUGCGCUAGCUUUAUUUUGGCUUGGGAUAUUUUGGUUUUGUUGUUGCACAUAGUUUUUGUAUGAUAGUUAUAAUUGAUAAGAUAUGAUGGAUCGCGGGUACAUGGCUGAU